UCUUCGCCAAGUGGGUUCUCUAGUUCUUCUUCUUUUUUUUUUUUCGUCUCGUCUCCUUCAUUUUUGUGGCAUAGCCAAAUUAAGGUGUUUAUGAUUUUGGUUUCUGACUCACCAAUGGCUAUACUCUCUCUACGAUCUCCAAGUUCUUUGCCGCUCAUUUCGUCCUCCUCUGUUUCUCAUAUAUGCUCGAAACCCUUCUCUCAGUUACCUUCAUCUUCUAUUGCUUAUGUUCCUUCUACCAGAUUAAAAUCCAAUCACUCUUCCGUUUCACCCAUCUUAAGACCCCGUGUAGUUUCCGCGAGAGCUGCCGCUGAUUCCGUCAUUGAUUACAGAGAAGAUAUUGGUGAGAUCCUCGGCGAUGUCUCCAUCUUUACGGCUUCUGGUCAGCCCGUGCAGUUCAGUGAUCUCUGGGAUCAGAACGAUGGAAUUGCUGCUGUUGUGCUUUUGAGGCAUUUCGGAUGCGUUUGCUGUUGGGAACUUGCUACUGCUUUGAAAGAGGCGAAACCGAGAUUUGAUGCAGCUGGUGUUAAAUUGAUAGCUGUUGGUGUUGGAACUCCUGAUAAGGCUCGUCUACUUGCGACUCGGUUGCCUUUUCCCAUGGAAUGUCUUUAUGCGGAUCCUGAACGCAAGGCAUACGAUGUUCUUGGAUUAUACUACGGUUUAGGCCGCACUUUCUUCAACCCAGCUAGCAAAAAGGUUUUGUCAAGAUUUAAAGAGAUUCGAGAAGCUACAAAGAAUUACACCAUAGAAGCCACUCCUGAAGACAGAAGCAGUGUGUUGCAACAGGGAGGUACGUUUGUAUUCAGAGGCAAGAAACUGUUGUACGGUCGAAAAGACGAAGGCACUGGAGAUCAUCCAUCUCUCGAUGAUGUCAUCAGUGUCUGCUGCAAAACCGCUGUUGCUUGAAGCAUAUUGAUCAAAGUCUCUCUGGUUUGCCCUAAUACUUGAAAUCACUGUAUAUUUGUAGCUAUGAAAUAGUGUUUAUAUUUUUGAAAUUUGAGAUAAAGUAUCAACACGAAAGACAGCAAUAGAUCUCUCAAGUCCCAAUCUUCUCCUGUCUUGUAGAUAGAUUUCUAAGAUGUCGACAACUCGUUGAAACCACACAAGUCUUUUCUAAUGUAAGACAAGGCAAGUGUUUGGGUUGCUAUUGGCAUAAA